UAUCUCGUGGAUAACGGACUGUUACAAAAACACAAACGGCCGCUUCAGCGACAUUCGUUAUUUAAUAUUUUUUCGCUCUUGUCGUUUAUCCGUUUUUAUCCGACCCGCUCGGCGCGAUGUUCGCCUCUAAAAUCCAUACUCAAAACGAGAACAAAGUGAACUUCAAGAAGAAAACGUACGCGGAACUACAGGAACUGUACGAACGACAACGCAAGAUCCUCAGUAACAAACGGUUCGUCGACGGAUUGCCUGACAAAGGCGAGAAACUGAAACAGUUUGUUGCUCAACUGGACGCAGAACUGAACGUUCGUGACGAUCACAAAAAGCUAUGCGCUGACAUGUUGGCGUUGAAAAUUGGCAAAGAUCAAUUGGAUACCUUCGAGUGGACCAGUAAACACGUCGCGGUGAUACACAAGAAUAGCCAGCCAGAUGUCGUAGACGAUGAUGAAGAUGUGUUGAAAAUGUUUGCUUCGCAUUCGGGGGUUAAUCAAGAUAAAAUAAUCAUAGAAGAGAAAGCAGAAGAAACAUUGAUCAAACCAUCAGAUUUAAUCAAGGAAGAUCCUAUCAAAGACAAACAGCAAGAUUACGAUUCCAUUGAGUUCUCAGAAAAUAUGGAGAGAUAUGCUAAAAAUUUAUGUGGUCGUAUUGACACUCAUUUGUCAACAGAUAAAAAACAUUUUUUAUUAAAUAAACCGGCUGUACCAAACAAACAUAGUAUAGUUAAAGCAGCAGAUGUUAGCCUCAAGGAAUCUGUGAUGUUACAGGUCUCUUACGAUAGUAAAUUGAAGGAAUUAAAAGCUGAGAAUUUGAAACAAAGAUCAUUUCCAAAGUUUGACAUGAGUAGUUACCGAAAUACAAGUUUAUUCAACUUUGACAACAUUGAAGAUGAUAGUGAUGACGAUAAUGAUUUAUUAGAUAAUGACAGUGAUGGAUAAUUUAAAAUUUUUAGUUGCUGUUUCAAUUAUAUUUUGUUCCUUGUUAAUAAAUAAAAUGUAAAAAUAUGUAAAAAUUAAGAUAUAAUAUGUUUUCUAAUUUAAAAUAAAUAUUUUAUUUCUUUAUAAAUUUGUAUAAACAUUUUUUUAUUAAUAUUUUAAUACUAUUAUGAAAGUACAUGGUAAAGAACACAACCAACUAAAAAAUUACUUAAUGUUUGUUAUAAAUUAACAAUAGUAUU